UCACCGUCGUCUCCGACAGGCCAUCCUCCACCUUCUCAACCAUCACCAACAUAGACCCGGCGUGCAUCCCUCUAGUAAUAUUAGAGAGAAUCGAGAGUAACCACUGCGACAGAGCCAGAGGGAAUACACCAGUGCAGCCCAAGACAAGAGUUUGCCCGCCACGAUGGCGCCUCAACCACUUCACCCCGUGACCGUCCUGGAGCAAUGUCACGUCUCGCCGUCGCCGGCGCCGGGGCAGCCACGCGCGCUGCCGCUCACGUUCUUCGAUCUCGUUUUCUGGGGCUUCCCGCCCGUGCAACGUCUCCUCUUCUACCACAACGCCGACCUCCUCAGCGUCUCCGACUUCACGCUCGGCGAGCUGCCACGGUUCAAGAAGUCCCUCGCUGCCGCGCUGCACCACUUCUACCCGUUGGCCGGGAAGCUGACGUGCGAAAUGGCCGAGGGCGCGGUGCCGGAGGUCGUGUUCUUGCACGGCGACUCUGUCCCGCUGACCGUGGCCGUCAGCGGCGACGACUUUGAAGACCUCGCCGGCGACCACGCUCGCGACACCACGAGGCUCCAUCCGCUGCUGCCCGCGCUGCGGAAACACGGUGGCUCCCGGUCGCAGGACGUCCUCGCCGUCCAGGUCACCGUGUUCCCUCGCGCCGGCAUUUGCAUCGGCACGACGCUGCACCACGCCGUGGCCGACGGCUCCAGCUACGCGCACUUCCUCAGGACGUGGGCUGCGAUCCACCGCCUCGGCCCCGAGUGCAGGAAGGUGCUGGAGAUGGACGUGCCCCCGCUGUUCGACCGCGGCGUCGUGCGGGACGACGCCGGGCUCCGGGAGGCGUUUCUGCGCGACCACCGAGCUCUCGCUUCAGCCGGCGACACGCGCCUCGACGGCUGGGACCUCAGCCUUCGCCGCGGCGUCGUGCUCGCGACGUUCCGGUUCACGGACAAGCAACUCCGUGCGCUUGGGGGUCACGUCGAGUCCGAGACCUCGGCGCGGUGCUCGCCCUACGCGCUGGCGUGCGGCGCCGCGUGGGCGGGCAUCGUGCACGCGCGCGGCGGCAGCAUCGGCCGCGACGUGGACGGAGCGGCGGCGUCCCGCGCGCACUUCGGGUUCGUGACCGGGUGCAAGCCCCGCGCGAGCCCGCCGAUACCGGCGAACUACUUCGGCAAUUGCCUGGGUCUCUGCCGCGUCGAGGCCGGGGAGCGCGGCCUCACCGCGGCGGCCGCCUCGGCGGCCAUAUGGCGCGUGAUCGAGGGGCUGGCGGAGGAAGGGCGGGCGCUCCGGGACGCGCGCGGGUGGGUGCGCUCCGUGCGGGAGUACGCGUCCGCGCGGGCGGUGACCGUGGCCGGGUCGCCGAAGCUGCGGCUGUACGCGGCGGCGGAUUUCGGCGGGGCGUGGGGGCGGCCGAGGAAGGUGGAGAUCGCGUCGGUGGAACGGACGGGCGCGGUGGCGCUGGCGGAGAGCGGCCGCGACGGGGACGGCGGCGGCAUCGAGGUCGGGCUGGCGCUGCCGCGUGCGGAGAUGGAGGCGUUCCGCACGUUUUACCUCGACCUGUUCGCCAGCCUCUGCUAGCUGAAUGAGCUGAGUCGUGAGUGUAUGGCAACGCCGUGUAAACACUGUAACAUUAUUUCUUAUGUUGUCAAAUAAAAUACGCCCUAUUC